UUGAGCUUGACGGGGACAGUCUCGUUCUCAGCAUGGACCCAGCGCAGUGUGUUCCCAACCAGCGCCCAGCAGCCUGACCACGAACACGGAUCCGGACGGGAUGGGACCGCUGCUGCGGGCGCCGGUCAUGUAGAGAGAGGACCGAGAUGCGUCAGAGAGUCCCGGGACUUAUCCGAGCGGAGUUAGAAGACAAAAGAUCUGGGGUCUGACCUCGGGGCAACAAGAGUCCAGCGCCAUGAAACUGAAUCCCCAACAAGCUCCACUCUAUGGAGAGUGUGUGUUGACCAUUCAGCUCGAUGAUGAUGAUGAUGUGUGUCGGACUGAGGGAGAGCGCGAGGAAGAGGAGGAGGCGGAGUUUUAUCUUUUAUUCUCAGGAUCCACACAGAGACACCUGAGCAGCACACUGCGAGUCAGCCACGUCACACUGCAGGCUGUGUGUCCAGCCCAUAAUGUGUGUGAGCAGGUCUUGGUGACGCUGUGUUUGGCUCGGCCUGGUGCACCAGUGGACACACACUCGCAGGAGACCUUCUGCUUCGUACAGGACAUGGCUCUGGACAUGGCCCACUUUCUGCUCGACAACAUACCUCCACAGGAAGCAUUCCUAUUGGAUGAUGAGCGGAUUGGGUUGAAAGAGUGUGAGCGGUUGGACCAGAGCCUGGCCCUGGCCCUGAAACACCUCAUCAUGCCCCCCCAGAAGACUGGACCCGCUUUGGACACACAGAAGACACACACACAGACUACACACACACCUGCACACAGUGGCACAGACAGGGACGACACAGAGACACAGCAGGAAACUACGUCUACGGAUGUCUCCACAACCCUGCACAGCUGCACCGGCCGGUCUCAGUGCCAGCAGCUGUCCAGCCUGCUGCACGUGGCAGCCAGUCACGGUCUGAGGAGAGUGGCGGCGUUGGUCCUGCAGCAGCCGGGGGCCCGGGAGGCGCUGAGGACGCCCAACGCCCAGGGACAGACUGCGGACGCCGUGGCACAGAGCAGAGGGCACCAGCAGCUGCAGCAGCUCUUCACACAGUAUGAGACGUCCUCAAACGUCCAAGUGGAACCAAAGGAGCAGCUCCCUGUCUACCCAGAAGGCCGAGUGUUUCAGCACCACGCCGCUCUUGGCACCUACACCCUGACGUUCCCGGUUCUGGGGCAGAGAGGUGGGGGCGGUGAAGACCGCUGCAUCCAAGAGGAGCUGAAGGAGCUGAGGACACGCAUUGGUCUUCACAGGGACACACAGGUAAACUCCUGUGGUGCUGCGGCUCUCAGCCCUGCCUGUAGGCUGCAGCCCUGCAAGCAGAAUGCAGGGCCGUCUCUGGUAACCAUAGAGACCUGUAGCACAACAAAAGAGGAACAGGGAAGUCCUCUGUCAUUGGAGGAGAGAGGCCAAGGGGAGGACUCUGCUGUCACUCAGACAUCCUGUAGCAGUGCAAGUCUUUUUCAGAGCCAGGAAGCUGCCAACUCUCCUGCUGGCCGCAACCGCAAAAACAAAAGAAGAAGUAGAAAUGCGACGAGACACGCAGCAGAAUCUUCAGGAAGUAACAAAGGCACCCGAGAGGCAGGUGGAGGGAUAGCACUCACGCCCGCAAAGGCAACAAGAAGUAGACGAGAGACAGAGACUUCACCUAAAGCUUCAGUGACAGCUCAGCGUGGUCCUGCAACAGCAGAGACUCCACUACCCAGAAAGCCAGGGUCUGCACCAGGCGCUGAUGGGAAGUGCGCUGGCAGGAAGGCAGCAGCUGGGUCUGUCGCCAUCAUCGUAGAAAAACAGGACGCUGAGCUGCUGAUAUGUGAGCGAGUCGCCGAGACAGACGCAGCGACACGGACAGAGCAGGGAGACUCUGGACGUCUCCCAGCGGGACACGCUGACGUCGAGUUCGCUGUGGAAUCAGCCGCGGAGAGGACAGUAACCAUGGGUCAGGAACAAUCCCAGGAUCCCCGGGAAGGUCAGUCGGACUCAGAGGAGCUGAGCCAACCUGACACCAUGGACAACAGUCCUCAGUCUGGCAGGAGGGCCAGCCCCAAGUCCACAGAAAGGGACAGAAAACCCUGCAGAGGCCUGUGGCGGGAUGGAGGCUGGAUUGGAAGCCGAAUGGGAUCGAUCCCGCAGGGGCCAGAAACCGUAGCAAAAACAGUGUGGUAUCAGGGUGAAAACCUGGACCAGGGUGCCAAUGAAGCCUGGAAGAGAGAGGCGGUGAACUCCCAGUCAGUUUGGUAUGAUGGUGACACAACAGAUCAGAGAACACAUGGACAGCUGGAGCAGGGAGUGACAAAGCAGAAAGAAUGUGACUGGAGCUCAGCCCAAGCUUCUGGUCUUAGCUCUCAAGUGUCUGCAGCUCUUAGUCAGCCUCAUGCUGCUGGAACACAGCCAGCACUGUCACAAGGGCCGGGUGCACAAAGACGGGAAGUGCACGGAUCACAGCCAGAGGAGGAAGUAUGGCUAGAUUGGAAGGAGGGAGGAGUGGAGGGAGACCGAGAGGAGGUCACUAACAGAGAGACCAGUUACAGCAGACAGAGUUCUGAAAGAGCUGACAUCGAAGAGGGUGGAGAAGAGAAGCAAGGGAGCCAAGAGAAAGGAGCAAAGGGCAGAAAAAAAAGGCGGAAUAAGAGGGGGAAGAGAGGAGGCGCGGAGGGCAAGCUUAGCUCCAGCUCCAGCAUUGAGUCUCAGAGUCACAUAGUGUUAAAGACAGACCUAAAGACUCAGUCAGAGACCGAGUCAGAAGCCAGGGACACAACAGGAAGGGCAGACGGCAAGUCUCCAACCCAGAGAGAGGAAACUGACAAGGACGCCAUGCUUCUACCCAGCCGGACAGAGGGCCGGACAAGGGACACUCAUGGACCGGACUGUCCUAGUAAUACCACUCCAGACUUGAGUCCGGCAGACCUGACUGAAAGUACAGCUUUGCAGACACCAGAAACAAAGGAAUUAUCAGAGGACAGCAUGCACUUUCAUGGACCUGAUCACUUUAACCCGGAUUCUAGCGCCACUGCUUCAGAACUUUGUCAGAUGGACAUCAGAAAGGCAGACGUAGAGGACAUUACAGAGGACAUAACUGUGCAGCCAGUAAAAAAGGAAGUACUUUACCCUACAAAGCUGGAAUUAAAGGGGCUUGUCAGUCCGGUCCAACAAACAGUGGAUAAUGUGGCGUCAAAUCCAUUGUCAGAAAAUGAGGAUUUGACGGUUGAUGGUAAAACGUCUGUGGAUCAGACAGGUUUGGUGGACUCUAAUAACUGUCCAAAAGAACUUCCUGUCAAACUUUCAGAUCCUACAAAGUUCACAAAGAACUCGUUUCUUGUGGAUCUUCCUGAACAGGAUGCACAUGUACAGUGUGUGGAGUCAAACGAGACAGAGCAACCUGUUGCUCCCAAGGGAAGACAUGUAGGGUUUAUGGGACCUGCGCGUCCUACAGAAGCUGGGGCUCUGCCAUUAGACGGUACAGCGGAUGUUUUACCACUUCAAAUACGGGAAGGAAGCACUGAGACAAGCGUGAGGGGAUAUUCGGAGCAUUGUUUGGUCUCUGAGAUGCUGAGAGAUCAGGAGCACACAGACGAAAAGAGAAAUGAGUUGUGGGUGGUUGAAGAGGAAGCGGCUAAAAAAAGACGGAAGAGUGAAGAAAAUGGCAGUGGGAUGCAUUGCAGGGAGUUGUCGUCCAUAGACAGAGAACAGGAGCAGGACUACAAUGGAAACCUAGUUGCCACAGCGGUAGCAGUUGUCGCUGUAGCAGUAGCAUCAGCCGCGGCUAGCCUAGAGCUGAUGGACAAUUGUCCUCUGGUACAAUGUGAGACAGAAAAGCAACCUGUAGAGCAUUCACAACCUACUGAUCAGUCCCCCUCUCAACAAGAAGCUAAUGUUGAGAUCCAAUCAGCUAACCUGGACCUGGUUGCACCUGCAGACGCUCCUAGCUCACCACAACUCCAGAAAGGGGACAUCCAAACAGAAAGUACACAAAACAAAUUCUUUACAGAAGAAGAAGACAGCCUUCUCCGAGUUAAUAGGACACCUUUGCCAAAAGCAAACCAAAGAAAUUCAACCGAGGUAGACAGUCAGGGCCACAUGCAGGUGGACAUCCAGCUGCAACAUCCAGAGGCUUCUGAGGACAAUCCCACACUGGGAGAGAAUAGAGGCCCGCAGGAUCAGUCUGUCUGUCAGGAAGAAACGGGGAAACAGCACAGACAUGAUGAGGGGGACGUAGGAGGACAGCCGCAUGAGCAGGACAGGCCACCCAGCUCAGAGUCUCAGCAGGACAGUCCACCCAGCUCUGAGAGUCAGCAGGACAGUCCACACACCUCUGAGACUCAGCAGGACAGUCCACACAGCUCCAAGAGUCAUCAGCAGGACAGUCCACACAGCUCUGAGAGUCAUCAGCAGGACAGUCCACACAGCUCCGAGAGUCAGCAGGACAGUCCGCACAGCUCCGAGAGUCAGCAGGACAGUCCACACAGCUCUGAGAUUCAGCAGCGUGUGCCAGACUGUCAGGAAAAAGAGCAGGACAGAGACCCACAGCUGGAGACUCACCUUAAAACAUCCGUUGAAGGGGACUUUCCCACUUUGUCCCUUCCUAGCUGCCCAACACUUCCUGUUCCCCUGUGUGACUCAACUCUUGCGGCCCAUCCCAGUCCAGAGGAACGGCCUGCCCCUGUGAAUGUGGAAACAGGAGAAUACCAGUCAUCCCAGGCAUUAGCAGACAGGAAUCUUGUCCCUGCUGGCUGUUGCAAAGGUCCAGAGUCUGUUGCUAUGGAUACUGAAGACGCUCUGGAUACAGUGGAUGGAUGGAAGGACAGAGAACGGAAUAAGAUGAAAAGUGAAGAGGAGGUCACAGUGGACGUCACAUCCCAGACAGCAGAAGAAGAAGAAGAAGAAGCAGCAGAGCAUCAGCUGACCAGGAGACUCCCAGACGGAACACACCCUCUGCAUAUCCAGAGGGAGAGGGAUGAUUUCUGUCCUAAAGGCAACACAGGACCAACAUGUUCAGGCGUCCAUCCAGACUCAGAGGAGUGUGUUUCGGUGUGUUUGUUGCACAAAGAAGACAGUGUGCAACUGGAUGACAGUGUCUUUAAAAAGCCUAAAGCUCCCCCCCCCUGUGCUGGACACAGGGACCGAGGGGUGGGUGUCUCCCCCAGUCCCAGCGAGGGCGCUCUGUCAGUGGGAUCACUUGAUGCUGUGGCCCCUCGGAGCUCCAGGCUGGCCUGGAAGUCCCAAACAGAGGACAGAGGAGGAGGAGAAGACGUGGACGAGAACAAAGACCAGCUUUCAGAAAGUCCCGGCUCCUCUUCAGUCUCGCGAGCCUCCAUCCGCUCCCUGUCCCCGUUCCGUCGCCACAGCUGGGAGCCGCGCAGGAACAGCAGCGCGGCAGAUGGUGACAUCACCCAGCGCAGCUCGAUGAAGAGUCUGCCAGGAGAAAUGCGGAGAGCCAAGCCCCCCCUCCACAGAAGAAGUAUGAGCUGGUGCCCAUCCACCCUGUGUCAUCCAGACCAGGAGCAGGCAGACAACAGAAGCUACAGCCUGGAGGCGCUGCGGGGGGAGAGGGGGGGAGCCCACCCUGCUGACCACCAGGACAGGACUGCAGGGCUGGACGGCCAGCACAGUGGCUCCUUGGUGUCCCUCACCGAGGAGGAGCAGGAUGGAGACGGCCAGACGUCCCAUCAGGUACUGUCGGUGACAAACCGCUAUCCUGCCAUGUUCCAUCACCAAACCCUCACCAAAUCCAUCUCCAUGGUUGCCAUCAGUCACCGAGAUAUAGAUGUGGCCAGCUCAUUCUCCAGUAACUCGGGCUCCCUGGAAUACAGUAUUUCGGAGGAGGAGCCGGGCCCUCUGCGGAGCGACACUGAGGGGAAAGGAGGGCCUAAAAUCAGUCGGACGUUCAGCUACCUCCGCAACAAGAUGAGCAAGAAAGGCAAGGAGAAGGAGAAGGAGAGGAAAGGAGAGAAGGCACGAGAGAGUAAAGAGAGAGAAAAGAAGAGUGCCAACGGUCAUCUCUUCAUCUUGGUCAGUUCACCUCCUUCCACAGCGGGCUGUCAGCACUGCAGCAAAGCUCUGCCCUGCAAGGAAAGCUUCCUCUGCAGCAACUGUGGAGCCAAUGUCCAUAAGAGCUGCAGAGAGAGUCUGGCUGUCUGCACGAAGAGCAAGACAAAGCAGGUGACGCCGGUGCCAGAAGCUGUUCCUGGGUCAGCUGUGAACAUGAGGAGUAAAUCUACAUCUUCAGCAUCUUCUGUGUCCUCCACAUCGUCCUCGUCCUCCCGGGAACGCUGGACCUCAAUAACCAGCCCCGACGACCAGUUCCCUGUCCUGUUUCCACGGAGACACCCCAGCAUAUUCAACACACACAGCAACCUUGGCCAAGAGCAUCUCCACCAGCAACAUAGCAGGGUUAGAUGAUGUUCCACUCAAAGGCCUGAAGUUUCUGUCCCAGUCCACCGACUCUCUCCAUCAGGGGAGCAAAGUCAACGCCUCCACCGAGUCACUCACUGAUGAAGGUACUGAGAUGAUGGACAGUCAGCUGAUGGGAGAGUUUGAGUGGGACGUUAAAGAUCUGGAAGCUGAUUCCUGGAGCGGCACGGUAGAUAAGAAGUUCUUGAAAACGUUGAAAAAA